CAGUCAGUUGAGCCCAAUAUACUCUGCCCUUCCCUCUUAAACCCUCACUUGUAGAUUUCAACCCGCAAACUUCACUGAAGCAACGCCAUGGAUCCCUACCCUUCUUCUUCCUCUCAAAUCGCCCAGAAGACGUGGGAACUCGAGAACAACAUCGUCUCCGUCGACACUCCGGCGACGUCGUCCAGCUCCGACGCAGCAGCUUCCGAUGCCAUCUUCUACUACGACGAUGCGGCUCAGGCCAAGUUCCAGCAGGAGAAGCCCUGGGCUAACGAUCCUCACUACUUCCGGCGCGUGAAGAUCUCCGCUCUCGCACUCCUCAAGAUGGUCGUCCACGCUCGAUCCGGUGGCACCAUCGAGGUCAUGGGGCUUAUGCAAGGGAAGACUGACGGCGACGCCAUUAUCGUUAUGGACGCCUUUGCUUUGCCUGUUGAAGGGACUGAGACUAGGGUUAAUGCCCAGGCUGAUGCCUACGAGUAUAUGGUUGAUUAUUCCCAGACUAACAAGCAGGCUGGACGGCUAGAGAAUGUUGUGGGGUGGUAUCAUUCACAUCCUGGUUAUGGAUGCUGGCUCUCUGGUAUCGAUGUGUCAACCCAGAUGCUAAACCAGCAGUUUCAGGAGCCCUUUCUGGCUGUUGUCAUUGAUCCAACUAGGACGGUGUCGGCUGGGAAGGUUGAAAUCGGAGCCUUCAGGACAUAUCCCGAGGGAUACAAGCCUCCAGAUGAUCCAGUUUCCGAAUACCAGACCAUUCCUCUGAACAAAAUUGAGGACUUUGGUGUCCAUUGCAAGCAGUAUUAUUCUCUUGACAUCACUUACUUCAAGUCAUCCCUCGAUUCCCACCUCUUGGAUCUUCUGUGGAAUAAAUACUGGGUGAACACACUUUCUUCUUCACCUCUCUUGGGCAAUGGGGACUACGUGGCUGGGCAGAUUUCCGAUUUAGCUGAAAAGCUGGAGCAAGCAGAGAAUCAGCUGGCUCACUCUCGAUUUGGACCCUUGAUCGCACCUCCCCAAAGGAAGAAAGAAGAAGAAUCACAGCUUGCUAAAAUCACCAGAGACAGUGCGAAGAUUACUGUGGAACAGGUCCAUGGUCUAAUGUCACAGGUUAUCAAGGACAUUCUUUUCAAUUCGGUGCGACAGUCGAGUAGGUCUCUUCCAGUGACAUCGGAGCCGGAGCCAAUGGUGGAGACCUGAGUGACUUUGGUGCAACAUCUUGUGUUGCUUAUCUUUCAUGUUAGGUGAGAAGAAUAGCAAACAGAAAUAGCUGAGUUUUCCUAACUUUACCAGGCUUAUGUAAAUUCUUUUUGUCAGCUCCAUUUCUUCAUCAAUUGCUUCGGUUGUGAACUGGCUUGAUCAUUGGAAAUGCUUGUUAAUGGUGAAUCAUGGGAGCCUGUCAUGCCCCCUAUUUCUUGUCUAAUUAGUGUGAUGCCAUCUACUGGUUCUGCAAGUAAGCAUUUGGAGGCCAUUAGAUCUACAAAAGAGUAGACUCCUUUACAAAUGUUUGUAGGACAUUAGAUCAAUGAACGGCAGGACAUUGUCCCUAUAAAUAUUGCUGAAAACGACCAAUCAACCCUUGAACUUUCUUAUUUUAGUCAGUAAAGGCCAUGAACUCUCACUAGAGUCAAAUCAACCUACCAACUUUCUUGCUUGGGUCAAUUAGCCCCAUAAUAAACUCUCACCAGAAAAUCUAACACGUAAAACGGGAACAAGUAUGUGUUGCAUACGGAUUAUCGUAUUUGGUUGCAAUCUGUCUUCUUGAUUAGUGUUCUAUAUUCUUUAGAUUUGUUUUGGAAAACAAAAGUCUAGAACAAAUUUAAGAAAAUUUCGAUUCGAGCGCUUCAAAAGAUAUUGUAACACCUCAAUUUUUUCGUUGCCUAUAAAAUUUUAUAGAUGAACAUUAUUUGAAGUAUUUGCAUCAACAAUAUGCAAGGUAAGAAAAAAGGGGUUUGGGUUGGGUGUAUGCUUGAAGAAAGGAAUAGGGAUGAACGGAAAGGGAGACCACCAAUCAAUCUAUAUUCUGUUGAACCCUAAGAAAACAAAAGAGAAAAGUGUGUUGAUAAUAUAUGAACUAUGCAAUGAAUGGCACCACAUGUUUAUUGAUGAUAAAGUUUGUUCGCCAUAUGAAUUAAAUUAAUAGUACAAAGCUUUUCCAAAUAAUUGGUUUCACAAGAGAGUGGAAGGUUGCACUUGCAACUUCGCGAUAGGGCUGGGUUUGAUUGUACAAACAUGUCGAUGAUGUCUCCGGAUAAUUCAAGUUAUUGAUAGAGAUUCAAAUGCUGAUGUGAUACUAUUUUUUCAGUACAAAUUUCGAAUCUUUGAGUUUUGAAGUAUAACUUGGGAUUAUUAAUCCUGUUAAUCAUGGUAUAAAUCUUAUAUAAGGGUGAUAAGAAAUUAUCAAGUAUAAUUGGUUUCACAAGAGAGCCGGAGGGGGGCAUUUGUAGCUUCGCGAUAGGGCUGGGGGUGGGUAUUACAAACCGUCAAAAUCAUUGGACAAUCAUUUACAUAAGUUUCGAUACUUCAAAUUGUUGGUAGAGAUUCAGGGAUCGUUUGCUUUAAAAAUCUUAUAACGAGGGUUUUGUCAUGGAUUUGCUAAUUAAAAACUUUGUGAUUUAUUAGGGAUUUUGGACAUUAUGGAUUUGAGGAAAUCCUUUGUUUGUUGAACUAUUUUUUAUCGCAUGGAUUUGAUGAUUUUUCAGUUUGUCUCCAAAUCCCAGGGCAUGAGGUGGGAUUUAUAAAACCGUGGGGGGCCAUGGAUUUGGAGAGGGGAAAAAAUUCCAAAUCCGUGGGGCCCACAAAUUUAUCCAAACAUUUUUUGACAAAGCAAACAACGGAUUGUGUAUAAAUCCAUGAUUGUUGAUUUUUUUGGUACCAAAUCCAUGAUGCAAAUCCUUGAAACAAACGCACCCUCGAAUAAUGGUUUUAUACGAAUCAUUCGUCAACAAUGACGAUAAUGUCUAGUAAUUGUUCUUUUGUGCGUGUGAUAUUGCCAUGAAGCACACAGAAGAAAGUGGUGGUGAUGGCGAAAAGAGGAGGCAGGCCAAAUUGGAUGAAUGGUAUGCAAAGAAAGCGAUAGUUUGGUUCGAAAGACCAUCUGAUGAGGCAGAGGAAGGGAAGGGCAACAAGGAAAGAAACUAGGCAAUCAAGC